UUUUCUUUUCUGGAAUUUGUUGAAGCGCAAAAAACACAAAAUGGCUUCUUGUUGGAAAUCGUUAACUCGUCGGAAAAUGCCAGAUGAAACUGAGUCAAAACUAGCCCGCGUAUUGACACUCGUUGAUUUGACAGCAUUAGGGGUUGGCAGUACCCUUGGUCUGGGGGUUUAUGUCCUGGCUGGUUCAGUGGCAUACGAACAGGCUGGACCUGCUGUUGCAGUAUCAUUUGCCUUAGCUGCUAUUGCAUCAGCUUUUGCAGGGCUUUGCUAUGCAGAAUUCGCUGGACGAGUCCCGAGGGCAGGAAGUGCCUAUGUGUACAGUUAUGUGACAGUUGGUGAAUUUGUUGCCUUCACUAUUGGAUGGAAUUUGAUCCUGGAGUAUGUCAUCGGAACUGCGAGUGUGGCAAGAGGACUAAGUGGCUAUCUGGAUGCACUCAUUAACAACACAAUGGCGACGACAUUGAAGGAUACAAUGCCAAUUAAUGUUGCCUUCCUCGGCGCCUAUCCGGAUUUCUUUGCAUGCGGUAUGGUGGUUUUUUUGGGUUGUAUAUUGGCUUUUGGCGUUAAAGAGUCAAGUUUGCUGAACAAUAUAUUUACGUGUGUGAAUAUGGUGACAGUUUGCAUUGUCCUAGUAGCUGGAGCAAUAAAGGCCGAUCCAGGGAAUUGGGCACUGACAGAUGUCCCUGAAAAUGCUGGUGUUGGUGGAUUUAUGCCUUAUGGAUGGGCUGGCGUAAUGGCUGGAGCAGCAAAAUGCUUUUAUGGUUUUAUUGGAUUUGAUGUUGUGGCUACUACCGGUGAGGAGGCUAUCAAUCCAAAGAAAAAUAUUCCCCUGUCAAUUAUCAUAUCGUUGGUAAUUAUAUUUUUGGCAUAUUUUGGAGUUUCAACGGUGUUGACAAUGAUGUGGCCUUACUACUUGCAGAAUCCUGAUGCACCAUUUCCACAUGUCUUCCAAGAAGUUGGUUGGAUAGCAAUCAAGUGGAUUGUUACAGUUGGAGCUAUUUUUGCACUCUGCACAAGUUUAUUAGGUGCAAUGUUCCCCCUGCCACGUGUUCUAUACGCCAUGGGCAAAGAUGGAAUUCUAUUCAAAUGUUUUGCAAAAGUAAAUAGUUACACUAAGACUCCACUUCUUGCAUCAAUUGUAGCAGGAACUUUGUCUGCAAUAAUGGCUCUAAUUUUCGAUCUUCAUCAACUGAUCGAAAUGAUGUCUAUAGGAACUCUUCUAGCCUACGCUAUUGUUGCUAUUUGUGUCCUCGUCCUUCGUUACCAACAAGAUGACAUUCAAAUGAAAUCUGUCAAAGUUCAAAUGCCAGUGAUCAUGAGACAAUUGUUCAAUUUGAAUUUCAUCAAAGAAGCCAACUCUCUUACAUCAAACAUUACUAAAAUUGGAAUAGUUUUGUUUUUCGUUUUAUCUCUCAUGACUUGCAGUGUUAUUAAAUUUAUGGAUAUUAACACAGAAAAUCCUUGGGGAUUAAUUCUAUUAUGCAUACUUGUCGUGUUGUUGGUUUUGAUUGUUUUUUCGAUACAAAGACAGCCAGAAUCAAGCAUGGAACUGUCAUUUAAAGUUCCAUUGGUGCCAUUUAUUCCAUGUAUCAGUGUUUUGUUUAAUAUUUAUUUAAUGUUCCAAUUAGACGUCAAUACAUGGAUUCGAUUUUUGGUUUGGAUUGGGCUUGGUUAUUUAGUUUAUUUCUUUUAUGGAAUUCGUAAUUCUACCCAAGGUAUUGCUAAUAAUUUAAAAAUUCCAACAACCGAAAAUGGACAUAAAUUAGAUUGUGAAAAAUGAUAACUUUUAAAAAGGACUUGCAUUUCCAAGAAAAAAAAAAACUUACAUGACAGUAUUUUUUGAUUGUUAAGAAAAUAUUGUUUAGAUUUAAAUUUGUUAUAUUUUUAAUAUUUAAGAGAGCAUAGACAUCGAAUAGUUUAAUAUUCUAU